AUGUCAGGUCAGGAUGGCAUGGUGGUGCAGUGGUUAGGACUGUUGCUUCACAGACAGUCGUUCUGGAGUCGGCGUUCUCGGGCCUCCAGGAUGCAGCAGCACAUCCACUGUGAUUCCUGCUACAGCCGGCGCUGCAGGGCUCGGGUGGAGGCCUCUGUGUGCUGUGUGGUCACCCCCUGCCGUCUGCACUGUGGCGCUCUCUUCCACCUGUGCAAAGAAGAGGAUCACCUGCUGCUCUGCCCUAAUGUCAGGGUGCCCUGCAUCAAUGCUGCGUACGGAUGCCCUGUUCAGCUGCCUCGCUCCUCACGGGCAUCCCACCUCCAGGUGUGCCCAGCCAGCGUGGUGUGCUGCACCAUGGAGUGGCUCCGUUGGCCGACUGAUGACACAAAUCCACACAGCCACAAAGCCCUGCAGGACAACUUGGUGAAAGAAAGUGAGGGACAGGAGGAGGCUCUGGACCUUGCCAUGGCCAUAAUCGAUCAAAAAGAUCUUUACAGCCGCCUAAAAAUGAAGCCGCUCUAUCCAGAGCUGACAGAGGAGGAAGAGGAGGAAAUAAAUGAUGAGAUGAAAGAGGAAACCGCAGUUGGUGGAGUAGUCAAUGGUGUCGUAAUUGAAGAUACCAGUGAAGGUCUUCCUAAAAACACCUCCUGUGAGCAUAGUGGUGUUGAACAGACUGUACCAAACAGUGCUGUGCAAGGUUCAGGCAUCAACAAAGAUAAAUAUGACCUGUUCGAGAUGAUGUUCAGCAUGGACAGAGGCGGCUGUGAAGCCGCUCAGGAAAAUCUGAACAACCCCAAACAAAACCCAAACAUUGGUGACAAGGGAAAAACUCAGAGUGGCAGAAAUCCAAAAGGGACUGAGAGGCAGGACCACACAGACGCAGAGAAAGACAGCUCUGCAGCCAAAAACUGUCCCCCAGCGGACACCAGCAAGACCGGGAUGGCCCCGUGGCAGGAGGGAGUGCUGGAACGUUUGGGGCAGGAACUCACACCACAGGAGUACAACAUGUACGUGGUGCAUCAUGGUCGCAUGCUGCUAGCCUUUGGACAAAUCGAGGCCUGUACUCCGAGGGAGAAAGACUUUGUGUACGGCAGCUUGGAGCCUAUUCCAGUCCAGACACUGCGCUCAUUCAAGGUCCCUGACAGCUAUCACUACAGGCGACGUGUUCAUCUAUACGACACGGCCACACGGGUUCAAAGUGAACCUCGCGGUGUGGACACAUCGGACCUGGGAGUCAAAGAAGAUGAGUGGUUCACUGAUGAAGCGGCAGCCACCCUGCUGGGCUAUGCAGAGGAAGAGGUCAUGGGUCACAAGAUCAGCGAGUCGAAAGCAUACGACGGGCUCUACAUUGACGUGGGAACGCAGACAUAUUCGUUUCGCUCAGCCCCUUUCAAAGGGAAGACCACCCUGGCUGAGGUGAUGGUGGACAGACCGCUGAAGCUUCACCUGCAGCUGCAAGCGGAGAGUGUGAACAGCAGACACAACAGAGCCAGCUGUGUCUUCACCUUUCUCUGCGGUCACACCUUCCACCGGCGAGAGUUCGCCACACAUGUCAGGAAUGUGCACUGUGACAUCCACACAUGUCUGAGCGGUUGGUUCAAGCAGCGGUGUCCACUCGCGUAUCUGGGGUGCACCUACAGUCAGAGGAGGUUUCAUCCCUCCACACAUAAAGCUACCGUCACCUACAAUAAGGAGCUGAGGAGUUUUAACUUGCGUCCAACAUUCGAAGGAUUAGUAGGUGACAAUUCACCCACGAGCUCAGAAGGAAGAGGGGACUCUUUGAUCUCUCUUCCCUACGAGGUGCUGUGCCACAUGGCCAGUUUCCUGGACAGCCUGUCCCUCUUCCAGCUGGCUCUGGUGUCCCGCCUCAUGAGGCAGGUGUGCUCCACUCUGCUGAAGGAGAGAGGGAUGGUCACCCUCCGCUGGGAGAAGAAAACCUACUCACACGGGAGAACCAAGUGGAGAGCCAAGCCUGUGUGGGAGUUCAGUCAUCUCUUCUCCUCAGUGGAUUCGUGGCAUAUGGCUGACAUCCCUCCUAUAUCUGCUCACCUGAAAGUCUGUCCCUACUACGAGGUCUCCCUGCACAGUAAGCCGGUUUCCCUCCCCAGCAUGGACGAGAAACAGAGGUGCAGCCAGAAGAGUUCGAGCCUUGUCAACCAUUUCACAGGAAACAGAUGA